AUGAUGCGUCUCGACAAGAUUCAGCCGACGGUCCACCGCCCCUCGGCUUUCUCCGGCUUCACUCCCUCGCUUGGCAGCCGCGUCGGUUCCACUGUCAAAGUAACGUCGCGCAUGGUCACAGAUAGAGCCCCCGCCUCCUCCGCCACGUCUCCACCUAAAAGAGCUGUCUCCGCCUUCGAAGCUCGAGUUUCUCUCGUCUUCGCCCUUGCUGCUCAGACCACCAAUGUUUCUCAGCGACUUCUGCGCGAUUUGGCGAACGAGACUGCCAGAUACGUCUUCCCGAAGCGGUUCGAGAGCCGGAAUUUGGAGGAAGCUUUGAUGGCAGUGCCUGAUCUGGAGACACUGAAGUUCAAGGUAUUGAACAGGAGAGACGAGUACGAGAUAAGAGAGGUCGAGUCUUACUUCAUAGCGGAGACCACAAUGCCGGGAAAGGCUGGAUUCGAUUUCAGUGGUGCUUCUCAGUCCUUCAAUGUCUUAGCUGAGUACUUGUUUGGUAAGAAUAUGGUGCAAGAGAAGAUGGAAAUGACAACUCCAGUCAUUACCAGUAAGACUCGGCAGCCCGUUGGGGAGAAAAUGGACAUGACGACUCCUGUGAUAACAAAGAAGGUGGAAGAUGAGGAGAAGUGGCAGAUGUCCUUUGUAUUGCCCUCGAAAUAUGGCUCCGAUUUUCCAUUGCCCCAAGACCAAACCGUGCGGAUCAUUGAGGUGCCAAAGAGAGUUGUGGCAGUUGUUGCUUUCUCAGGGUUCGUCACAGAUGAAGAAGUUAAACAGCGGGAAGUUACACUAAGAGCCGCUUUACAAAGUGACAGAGAGUUCAAAGUCAAAGAAGGUGCAUCAGUGGAAGUUGCACAAUACAAUCCACCUUUCACCCUGCCAUUCAACCGCCGGAAUGAGAUUGCAAUAGAGCUGGAAAGGAAGGUAGAGGCAGCUGCUUGAUAAUAGAGACUCCAGAUGCCAGAGCAUGUAUAUAUAUAUAUAUGUAAAUGUAGACAUUGUAUUACCAGUGUGCCUGUGUUGUCAUUU